GCUGGGCGGAACUAACACUCAAUGUGCCUCACGGACACUUUCUAUGUUUCAUGUGUUUGCCAUCAUGCGUCCAAUGAAUACAAUGAGGCAGAAGAUGGUGAGAGGCAUUCUCAGCCUCUUUUCACAGACCCACGGAGGCUUCCUGCUUCCCCGGUGUCAGGUGAUCCUCUGGUCCAACAGCCAGCUGCUGAUGCCCAUCCAACCGGGUCUGUGCUCAUCUGAGUCACAAGAGGACAAUGUGAGGGCAAUCGGCAGCAUCAGUGGGGUGUCAGAGAAGAUAUGCAGUUAUCGAGAAGUAUUAAACCAUCUGGACCUAAAUAAAACUAGUGAGCUGUACUUGAUGACUCGACCUGUUAAAGACUACAAACAGCCCACAUGGGUUUCCUUGGAAGUGCGACUGUACGCUAUUUUAGAUGUGGUUGAGAAAGAACAGAAAUUCAUCCCUUAUGUUUGGACUGUCAUGGUGAGGUCUGUCAGGCAGUCACUUUCAUUAUCAUUCACUGUUUAUCACUCUGAUUUUACCCUUUGUUUACUUCUACAGGCAUGGCAGAAUGAAUACAUUUCCUGGAAUCCAGAUGACUUCUGUGGAAUAAAAAAAAUAUCUAUUCCUACUAACAUUUUAUGGAAACCUGAUGUCGCCAUCGAAGAGAUGACAGAGAAGGACAAAGCACCACCAAGUCCUUACCUCUUCAUCGAUUCAAAUGGCACUGUUGAAGUUCAGAAUAACCAUGUGUUGGUCAGCACCUGCCGAAUGCGCGUUCACAAAUUUCCCUUUGACACACAGAGCUGCAACCUUACGUUCAAGUCGGCUAUACACACUGACAAAGACAUAAGACUUCAUGCCAGUGACAACUCUUCAGAGGCCACAGAGUGGUCUCGGGAUUUGAUGCGGACACAGUAUGAGUGGUUGUUCAUAAAUAUGACAGUUACAACCAAGAACGCCAGCCUCCCAGAAAACCAAGAUGUGAUCAUUUACACUAUUAACAUGAAGAGGAGACCUCUGCUCUACAUCGUUAACUUCUUGCUGCCUGUUUUGUUCUUCUUGUGUUUGGACUUGGCCUCCUUCAUGAUCUCACAUGGCUCGGGGGAGAAACUCACCUUUAAAGUCACUGUGCUGCUCGCUGUCACAGUAUUGCAGCUUAUUCUCAAUGAAAUCCUGCCAGCCUCAUCAGACCGGAUCCCGCUUAUAGCAAUGUACUGCAUUGGAAACUUUGCACUGAUGCUAAUUAGCCUUCUGGAAACCAUUGUGGUGAUGUAUCUGAUGAAGAAAGACUCACAUCAGGAGAAUGAAACAGAUGCCACAGGAUGCUUGAUUGAGGAUGGCAAGAACAACAUUAAUAUUUUUGACAGAGGGAAAACUAACAAUACAUGCAUCUACAAUGUGUCUACUGGUGAAUCUCCAUCUGGGCUGUUGAACCAAGAGGAUGAGAGCAGCAAACUGACUGAUGAGUACCAUACGUUGGAGAGGCUGUCAGAUGAGCUGAAGAAGGUGGAGAAGAAACUGUCUCUGCCUCAUACUGGACUGCAACGCGGCUACUGGACCACAGUGGCCAAAACAUUUAACAAGAUUUUUUUUAUUUUCUAUGUGUUGCUCAUCAUUGCAUUUUUAAGUUUUAUUUUUUCACAAUGGAGGAUUGAUUGAAGAUGUUUACAACUACAUUACAAAAGCACUAAAUAGCACCUACUCCACAACAUUACUAGAGUCAUUCUUAGUAAACAGGAAAUAUCCUGUCCAUUUUCUAUUUUUUAUCUGAAUGUGCAACUGUAUUAAUUAUUUGAUGAUGUUUGCUCAUGUACAGCAUGUACUGUAUAGAGGGAAUGCACAUACAUCACUUCCCCCCUGGGCCGCGCCCCUCUAAAUCAGACUGAGUGGCAAAAACAAACCGGCUCAACAUGGCGGAGCAUAACAGUAACUACAGCGAG